AUGUCUUCUGGUAGGAGCUUCGGGGCACUGGCUUCGUCGCCGAUUGCCCCUCUAGAAUUCUACCGUGCUCUUACUGGGCUGUGGGCAACUUGGGAAAGGGGUAAACAUGUGCCCUUACAGCGAAUUGGUCUUGCCGUUAGUGGUGGAAGUGAUUCUAUGGCGUUAGCCUAUCUUUGCAGCCGAUUAGUCUCACCAGAUUUUAUUCCGGGUCUAGAUUUGAAAGCGUAUAUUGUGGAUCAUAAGUUUCGUCCAGAAAGCUCGCGGGAGGCACAUUUAGUUGCAGAUAGGAUAGAAAAAUUGGGAAUCCAGUCAAAAGUUCUCACCAUACCAUGGCCAGCCGGGGAGACUCUGACGAAAAAUGGAUUUGAAACACAAGCACGAAUGCUUCGUUAUCAGGCGCUAGGCAAAGCUUGCGCUGCUGAUAGCAUCAGAGCUCUUCUCCUAGGCCAUCAUCAAGAUGACAAUGUGGAAACUGCUCUUAUGCGUGUAUCUAAAGGCCACAGAAAACUUGGUCUGAUUGGAUUUGACGAGAUUGCUCCUAUUCCAGAAUGCCAUGGCCUAUAUGGGGUAAGCAAGAGCGGGUUUACUGCAUCUCUCCAAGACAUCGUUGAAAGUACAAAUAUGGACGGAACUGUCCCAUACCCAUCUUCUCGAAUAAUCGCCCGUAAUAUAAACUCUACAUCAGGGCAGAUGCAAAUAUCUACGGGCGGGGUUUAUCUACUCCGCCCGUUCCGAUCCUUUUCGAAACCACGACUUGUAGCUACCUGCCAGGAUAACAAAAUACCGUUUGUCUCCGACUCCACGAAUGAAGACCGCACAUUUACUAUUCGGAAUACAGUACGGCAGCUCCUAGAAUCAGAAGACUUGCUUCCACGGGCACUGCAACGUCCGUCCAUACUGUCCCUGGUGGAUAAGUCGAGAGAGCACACUGAAAAAUUCCGAUUGUUAUGCGACUCGCUCCUCAAAAAGGUGGAGAUCCUCAACUUCGACACCCACUUCGGGACGCUAGUCAUUAAAAUGCCAGCUAUGUCUGAGCUCCCCCAGGAUCAGAGAAAAGCUGUCGAUAAACAGACUUCGCUCCCAGAUGGGAUACGAGACAUAUAUGCAUCAGUAAUGCGAAGCUUAUGCGACAUUAUUUCACCGUACCCUGAUCGAUGGAGCCCGUUAUCACAUUUCCGGAAUCCUGCCUGCAAAGCAUUUUUGGGGUUUGAUCCAUCAGGUAUGAACGGCACCGUUUUCACUGUAGGCGGAGUUCUGUGGCAAUCCAUAAAACAGAAGAGCGGACGAAAAUCCGUCUCUAAAUCUCUACCACCGAACCUCCCUGGUAACUUGCAGGUUCAAAAUCAAGAAUUCUCUCCGUUUUCUGAUGGGCAAGAUAAUAUUUGGCUCCUAUCAAGACAGCCUAUGCACUCUGGCAAAACGCAGCCAACAACAGAGUUUGUUUUGAGAAUACCGAAUUACAGAGUAACCAGAACUAAGAAAGGGGUUAUACUACAGGCGGAAGACAAACGAGAACGACAAGGCACCGGGAAGUUCAUUUAUACUGACUGGACAGAUUGGAAACUCUGGGAUAAUCGGUACUGGAUCCGCAUACGUGGCCGUUCUAGUAUUCAACAGCACGGUCACCUCCAAGAAGGAACCGAACAAGGAGGGGCUGUGAGGAGGUCACUAGGUAGAGAUAUCGCAAAGGGGGAUUUAUCCAGAGGUGAAGGACACGAACUCCAUACUCACUCUCAUCUAGCCUUGCAAAACUCAACACUAGCCGACUAUCUGGCUCCUCAAACGAUUUUAUCGAAAAGUACAACACUAUCGAAAAAGUCGGCCUCUGUUUCGCCUAUAACUCCAUCAGUGUUCCAGAAACUCCUCACUCUUCUGGCUCCCGGGAAAAUACGGUUCUCGGCUCCGAUAUUAACUGAUGUCGUGCCGGAAAAAGGAGACGGUGAAGAAUUGGAGAAUUUGCAAGAGCAGCUUUUGGGGAUGCCAUCUUUACCAAUGUCCUUCCGGACCAAAAUACGGGUGAGAACGCCCGUCAUGAAUGCCGAGGGAAAAAAUGUUGCUGCAACAUUGGAUGUUCCAUGGGGCAUAGAAUGGGAAAUAAGGUAUAAAUGGAUAGAUCCGAAUACCGUCCGAGCUGUGUCCUGGCACAGUAUUUAG